UUUGGAUUUGAUUCAUUCAUCCAAUGCCCAUGGCACACAUGGCGGCAUGGCCGGAUCCAGGGCAAGCGUCAAGGCUGACAAAUAGUCCCACACUCAUGGCACAACACCUAGGCACACACCAGUAUGCACACGCACAGCCCCUCCCCCCACUCCCCCAUUCUCUACAGCUAAUACACAAAGGCAACACCACUAACACGAGGUGUGGAAAACUGAUCCAGGCAUCGCAUCAUGGACGCGAUGCCUGGCCUGCCUCUCCCUCUUAUCAUGUCUGUCACUCCUCAAGUACAUAAGUCAGUGGGUGUGCCUGUGUGUCCUGUGCGGCCGUGCGUCUGCCUUUGCCUUGCGUGUCUUGGUGUCCUCCGUGUAGGCCGUAUCGACGGCGAAGAAAGCGAAAGGGUCCAGGAAGGCAGCUGUCAUGUCGGCCUCUGGGUCAGGCUGCACACACCCAUGCAAGAUGAUGAAUGACGUGUCUUUGUUGUGUGUAUAUGGGCUGGGCUUACGAAGUCGUCAUUGUCAGUGUCCAUCAGCCGUUGGUACUCUUCCGGCACGCUGCCCUCGGUGAUCAUGGCCUCCUCAUCGACGUCAUCGAGUGCAUCCUCCAGCUGCAUCAGCAGCACCGCCUCACUCGGACUCUCGCCUGGCGCAUGAUGAGACUCGACGGAAGGCGGCAUGCUCCCCGUCUCCAGGAAAUAUGCCACACUCUCGUGACCCUGCACACACGACACCACACAACGCAUAAAGACUGACAUGGAUGAUGUGUGUCUGAGCGAGUGGGGGAGUGGACACUGACCUUCCGCAUGGCAGAGUCGAGUGCAGUUUCGUUGCGGAGGCCCCUCACCUCAAUCAGCGCCUCACCUCCCGCCUCAAUCAGCCUCGCACAGAUGGCCAGGUGGUUCUUGGAUGCCGCGUUGUGCAACGGGGUCUCACCAAGGGCAUCCAGUGCCCAUACGCUUCCCCUAUCACACUGAAGGAGGGAGGGGACUUGUGGAUGUGGUGGGUCAUGUGUGUCUAUCUCACCCACCUCCACAAGAGCAUCUGCAACCUCGGCAUUCCCACAGGCAGCAGCCACGUGUAGGGGGGUCGACCAGCCGUGACGAUAGUCACCAAUCCUCGACCGACAGUCGAGAGAUGCCCCUGCCAUCGGACGCUUCACACCUCCAGCCAGAGCUUCACACCUGUUCAAACAGACAGGAGUGCGCCGGUGUCUGCUGCAGCUACCUGGAUGUAUUUGUUGGCCUGCAUCGAUUCAAUCACCUUGCGAUUAUCUGGAUGAUCUCCCGGCGACCCUUGGGUGUAGCUGCAGAGUGCAGGAGAGACCAGCCUGCAUUGUCCCGUGUGUGGAUGUCAGCGCCAGCCUCUAUGAGCAAACUGACACCAGCUGUCGACCCCUCCUCAACAGCAGCCUGACACACAGCAACGACAGUGCCACCUAUGGAUCGCCUGCGUCUGCGAUCACGUCUUUCCUUCCUCCCCACCUGCAGCGGUGUCUUGCCCUUCUUGUCUCUCGACUCCAGAUCAGCGCCCCUCCGUAUUAACAGAUCCACCACCUUCCGGCCCCUCCUCCCUGCUCGAGCAGCGAGAUGCAAGCAACUCUCGCCAGCCGCAUUGCGCAGAUUCGUCAGCGCAGGUAACCCAGAGCUCGACUGGCUUCCUUCUGUGUUGUCCAAGAGCCAUUCAACAGUCUCCAGAUGGCCCUUGGCGCAGGCAAGGUGCAGUGGUGUGUUGAGGCUCUUGUCACGCGCGAAGACGCCCGUUUGUCGCGACAGCAGCUGAGUGAGGUCGGUGCCGGUCUCCCCCCUUGCUGCCAUUUCUUGCCACGCUGCAUCGGUCCUCUCCUCGAUGUCAAUCUUGCUGAUGUGGUCAGUCAGGGCAACACAGAUCUUGGUGUGGCCAUGAAGAGCCGCCAGGUGGAGAGGCGUCGACCCUGACGCGUCGGUGAGGAUGGGAUCGGCAUUGUGGUCGAGAAGGAACCGCACCACCUCGAGAAGGCCUCGCUCACUCGCCUUGUGGAGGGCCGUCUGUCCCGUGGAAUCCGUGUCGUCGAUGGUCACAGUGAUGUCGUCGCGUAGCAGCAGCCGGCCGACAUUGACAAAUUCGUGUGCCAGGGCAUACCGCUGGAUGGCGGGCAGCUCUGUAGCGUCAGCGGCCUGACGUGUCCUUAUCCACUCUGAUAACCUGAGCAGCCACACAGCAGCAUCAAAUAGCGCCACACACAUUAAACAGGAACACACGCCCUGUGUGUAUGUGUGUGUGUGUGUGUGUGUGUGUGUGUGCGCUUCCUGACCGGUCUGCCACUGCCCGUGCCAGCGUUGGAUCCAUUGCAGCCACACGAGCGGGGUCCAGCUGCAGUUGAUGGAUAAGUGACGCCACCUUCCUCGCCUCGUCUGUCGUCAUUGCGGCCCCAUGCGAGAUGUGGAAGCCUCCCUGGUGCUCAAGAUACUCCCUGAUCCGGCUGUGGGUAUGGGGAGGCGCAUGGGCAUGCGCUGCUGCGACCACCCGGAUAGUGCGGACGCUCUUGCGGCGCCGUGUUGCGGGUGCAUGAGGCGGUAGGAAGGCAUGAGAGCUGCGGGAAGGCCCGAGGGCGUGCCGUUUUGUCCUGCUGAUGAGUGCCAUCUGGACCGCGCCGAAGCAGCUGGCAGCAUAGAAGAGAGGGAAGAUCAGCGUCAGACAACAGCGGAUCUCCAUAUAUCCAUGAAGGAAUCAACGAACAGAGAACAGACGCAGCAGAUAAGCCA